AUGGCACCUGGACUAAUCGCUGAGCAGGUGGCCGUGGCUGGCGAGUCAGCCAUGCCUCGACGUCCACGGAUAUCCAAAGCGGCGGCUAGAACCAGUGGUCUCGAUGAGCUGGACCUUGAGGAAACGACACACGCGGAUCUCUUGCAGUCUCAUCCACCGGCUCUGACCACCGCGGCCGACGAUCAAGUCCACGACAUGGUCUGCAUAGGCUUUGGUCCAGCCGGUGUUGGCAUUGCCGUGGCCCUGAGUGAUAUGCACGAAACCGAAGAGACUAUCACGUCGGUGCCCAAGGUCCGCUUCCUCGAGCGGCAGGAUGCUUUCUUCUGGCACGCUGGCAUGCUUUUACCAGGAGCCAAAAUGCAGAUCUCCUUCAUCAAGGACCUGGCAACCCUGCGCGAUCCUUGCAGCUACUUCACCUUCCUCAACUAUCUCAAAGAAAACGACAGACUCGUCCAGUUCACGAACUUGAGCACCUUCUUGCCGUCAAGAGUAGAAUUCGAAGACUACAUGCGCUGGGUCGCCAACCACUUCACCGAUGUUGUUGACUAUUCACAAGCUGUUGAGCGCAUCAGGCCGAUCAAGACGACUUCCGGGCAUUUGUACGACUGUCUCGAAGUUCAGACGCGCAACACCCUCACCCGGCAGCUCACAACCCGCAUAAGCAAAAACGUCGUCAUCGCCGUGGGUGGCAAGGCCAACAAACCUCCCAUGUUCCAGACACCACAUAGCCACGUCUUGCACACAUCCGAGUACCAGGUCCGUAUAGGUCAUGCUCUGCCAGAUGCCAACAAAGCAUACUCGAUCGCCGUGGUCGGCAGCGGACAGAGUGCUGCAGAGGUCUUCAAUGACCUACAUAUUCGAUAUCCCAACGCUACCACGAAGCUGAUUAUGCGGGAUACGGCAAUGCGGCCGAGCGAUGAUUCGCCUUUCGUCAAUGAGAUCUUCAACCCGGAGGCUGUUGACUCGUUCUAUGAGCAGCCAGACGGUAUCCGGUCAGAAACACUGAAGAGGAAUAAAGCCACCAACUACAGCGUCGUGCGACUGGAACUGCUAGAGCACAUCUACGAGAGCCUCUACAUGCAGUGUAUUCAUGAGCCAGACAAGAGCAAAUGGCAGCACCAGAUCCUGAACUCGCGCGAAAUUGUUGAUGUCGUCAAUGACCCCAAGACGAACAAGCUCAGUCUGGUCGUCAGUCGAUUGAAUGGAUCGGGCUGGAACAACAAGGACACGAUCGAGUUCGACGCCGUCAUCCUUGCAACAGGCUACAAGCGGGAUGCUCACAUUGACAUGCUGCAUGAGUGUCAAUCGAUCAAUGGCUCGACAGAUGGUAAUUGGGUACCUUCCCGCGACUACAGCCUCAAGCUGGAUCGGUCCCAGGUCCAGAGCGACGUCGGCAUCUGGCUGCAGGGCUGCAAUGAGAGCAGUCACGGCCUUGCUGACUCGCUCCUCUCUAUUGUGGCCACUAGGAGUGGCGAACUCGUGCAGAGCAUGUUCGCCUGA